CACUCAGCCAAGAUGCCCGCCUCCAACACGAUUGUUCUGAAGAGCCUCUCCGUGCUCUUGGGCCUGUUCUUCAUUUUCGUUGGCACCCUCAAGCUCACGCCGCACAUCAGCAAGGAUCUCUACAAGGACCUGCGCACAGAGUACGUGAAGUAUGCCAAAGUAUUCCCGCUCACUGCCCUAUUCGGAUUGAAAGUUCCCUCGAAAUGGUAUCGUCGCACCGUUGGCAUCCUGGAGAUCGUCUGCGGACUGGCCAUGGCUCUGAUUCCCUAUCACAAAGUCAAGAAUGCGGCCAACGUAACGCUGUUGGUGCUAAUGUUGCUGGGGAUCUACCAGCAUUGGAUGGUUAGCGAUCCCUUCGAACGUUCCGGACCGGCGCUGGUGUUCACCUUCAUGUUGGGAGGGCGACUGGUGGUCUGGUACCAGACCGCCCGCUUGCAGGAUGAAAUGACGGCGGCUACUCAGCCGCCAGCGAAUGGUGUCAAGCAGGAUUAGACGCCGCUGCUCCCAUCAAAUACUCAUACUCUUAGUCAUUCACUGAUCCAGCUUUGUUUUAGCACCUUAAGUUGGGCUCGACAACGAUUGGGGCACAAUCUUCGUUCAUUAAGGUCACCACAAUCAUCACUCACAUCAUUAUAUUCAAAUCGAAAUUCGUGUUUUCACUUUGGUGCCAAAAAUUAUCAUAUACAAGCUAUAAUACUGUAUGUAAUGGCAAAAGAUAUUAACUAAACACUGUAGAGCUACGGCAUAAAGACAAUGACCAGAACAAAAGAAAUGUAAUCAAAUCCUUUUUGUAACGGGCACUAGUCGAAACCAUCUAAAUUGCGACUUUUAGAAACAAUUUUAAUAAAUUUGAACAACUCAUACUUAUUUAAAUUAA